AUGCGUUUCUCUAUCGCUGCCCUCUCUGCCCUGGCCGCCGGUGCCGUCGCCACCUCCAGCAGCCACGCCCUGACUACUGAGGUUGUUACCCACUACACCACCUACUGCCCCGAGGCCACCUCGGUCGUGCACGGUGGCCACACCUACAGCAUCUCGACGCCUGGCGACAUCACCAUGACCCACGGUCCCUUCACCGUCACCCGUCCCCUGAUCACCCAGACCGUCACCCAGUGCAACCAGUGCGGUGCCCCCAGCUCGGGCGCUGGCUCUGGCUCGGGCUCGGGCUCGGGCUCGGGCUCUGGCAACCCUGGCUCCCCCUCCGGCACGGGCUCCGCCUCCCCCUCGCAGUCCUCGUACAACGCCGGUGCCAUCAACGCCGCUACUGGCGCUGGUGCCGGUCUGGCCGCCGUCUUCGGUGCCGUCGCUCUCCUGCUGUAA